CCUGAUCGAUCUUCAGCUGUGUGAAGAAAACGUGAAACUGAAACUCGGAGUCGUUGGAUCAUGUGACGCCACAGAAGCUAAUACUUAGCGCGCUAGCACGUGAGUAGCGUAAACACAUGAGAGACGUAACGGCCGGGGGGGAAUAAGCAGAUGAAUAUCAACGUUUAUUUACUUCUUCUGACAAACGGCAGAGAGCUCUCCCCUCCAGAGGGCGCUCUUCUGAAGGGACAUGACCACAUGACAGAGAGCGCCCCCUGGUGGCAGAAGGUUCCACACUGUGCUCCUCAGCUGUGUGUGUGUGUGUGUAUGUGUGUGUUAGUGUGUGUGUGUGUGUGUGUCCCUGAGGCGUCUCUUGAUUUAAUCAGUGGGCUGAGAUUCUCGGUGCCAUGGAAACCAGUAGGACUGGAGCACACGUGUGGGAGGAUCAUGCCUGUCGCCAUGGCAACUGGGUUUCACUCCUCUCACGUGUCUGCGCACACGGAACCUGCAGACGCACACGUCUCAGUUUCUAACACAAUAAUCAUAACAUGCUAUAAAUAUUAAAAAUGAUAAAGACGCUAAAAAUAGAACAGACAGCCGCCUCCCUCUGGACAUUGAUCCAAUCAUAGGACAGAUCUCAGGUCACAUGACGACGCCUCUGAUCCGUCUUCACUUCUCCAUACCGUUGCCGUGGUAACAGAAGACACUAAAUACCUCCAGUACUACACUAAUACCAGAACUACACUAAUACCAGUACUACACUAAUACCAGUACAGUGGGACAGUAUUCACUUCAAUGAGUACUAGAGACCAGACCCACAGUUUUAAAUCUACAAACUCCCUGUACUACACACUCUAGUAUCUAGUACUCAUUCUAGUACACACUUAAGUAUCAAAUCUAGUACUUGUUGUAUUUAGCAGGUGUCCCCGCCUCCAUGACUCGACUCGAUAGGCUGAUGGAAUGAACCAUUCCAUUUUUUUAGGGGUGACAGGUUUGUUUCUUCCUUCUCUUUGUUUCUUCAGGCCGAUGAUGAUGAUGAUGUCGGACAACUUGGAUCAGAGCGAAGACGUCCUCCCCCCCCAUGAGCUGGAGCCCCCCCGGGAGGAGGACGGACACUGCCCCCUGCCCUUCAGGCUGCAGCUGAUCGAUGACCUGACGUAUGAAGACGUGAAGAAGUGCUACAGAGGAUCAACGGUCAGCAAAUACAACUCUCAGUACCACAAACUGUUCCAGACUGUUCCUCAAGAGGAGAUCCUGAUGAAAGUGUACUCGUGUGCGUUGUUGAGGGACAUCCUGUUGCAGGGCCGUCUGUACAUCUCCAGGAACUGGUUGUGUUUCUAUGCGAACCUGUUUGGUAAAGACAUCAAAGUGUGUAUCCCCGUGGUGUUGGUUCGUCUGGUGAAGAAACACAGGACCGCCGGCCUGGUGCCGAACGGCCUGGCCAUCACCAUGGACACUGGACAGAAGUAUGUGUUUGUGUCCCUGCUGUCCAGAGACAGUGUGUAUGACGUCUUGCGGAGGAUCUGCACUCAUCUGCAGGUGAACGGGAAGAGUCUGAGUGUGAAACUGUUCCUGGAGGAACCCAUUUCUCUAUCAAUGGACGAGUUUCCAGAGGUGUUGAAGUGGAGGAGGAAGCCGUCGCUGCCCGUCGUCUCCUCGUCCCUCCCAGACCUGCUGGGAAGCUCCUCCCCCAGCCUCGCCGCCGACACGCCCUUCAGCACGCACACGCUGACCGACAGCAGCCUGGAGACCGAGAAGAUCCUGCUGACAGAGCCGGUACCUGAACUGGGUCACAUGGAGUACCAGCUGCUCAAACUCUUCAUCCUGCUUGUCUUCCUGCUGGUCCUGUCCUCCUGCUACCUGGCCUUCAGGGUCUGUCGUCUGGAGCAGCAGCUCAGUUUCCUGAGCAGCCAGCCGACGCCCAGGGAAAGGUGUGGAGAGGUGCCCUGUUGGCUGGCCAAUCAGAGGACAGGGACCUGAUGCCAAUCAAAAUGAAGUCAAAUCUGCACUUACAUAGACUUGCCAUUAGGGGGUGACGUCGAGAGGAGACCGAUGAGUGGAGCAGCCAUCAGCGGCUGACCUGUGACCCCGCCGGGACCUGGUUACCAUAGAGACGUCACAGUAGUCAACCAGUAGACUGACCUCUGACCUCUGACCUCUGAGGCCGUGUGUGUUUACGUGAACAUGUGGUGAAGAAAUAACCAGAGACUGAAAUGUCAGCCGCUCUCACUGAUGAAGAAUCAGUUCAGAAGACGGAGCUGAAGCGUUUCUCCUCGUGUUUUCCAUCGAGCUCCUGAACGCCACACGACUCAGGACCAUGUGCACACGACUGGAUCUGAAGCUCUGUGAUUGGAUGUUUGCUGGAUCUGAAGCUCUGUGAUUGGAUGUUUGCUGGAUCUGAAGCUCUGUGAUCGGAUGUUUGAUGGUUGCUGUAAGAAAAAAAAUUGAAAAAUCUGUUGCUGUAUUUCUUAACAUAGGCUGUAAUUUAAUAUGAAUCAGGUUCUUAAUAAAACACUCCCUGUGGUGGAAGAAGAAGUCAGAAAAUGUACUGUAGUGAAAGUACCACGACAGCAAAGUGAAAUGCCUUUUUUCAAGUACUUGAGUACUACCAAGGUACGAGCAGCGGCCUGGUCUCAUAUGAUCAUUUAUGACAUCAUGAUUGUCACGAUUCAGCUGCUGUAGGUUUAUACGUCUGUCAAAUGAAGCUUAUACAGUUUAAUGUUGUAACAGAUUUAUUCAGUUAAAUAAAAGGUAUAACUUAAGAUUAAGU